GCCAACCGAGUUGGCACAUUGCAGCGUAUACGCAAAAUGGCCCUUUUAAAAUGAUGUUCUGUGAUUUUUUUUUCCUUCUCAUGUGGCGACACCGUCCGCUUUGUUAAUGUACUGCGCGUUUUGACUGCACCGUCACAAACACCCACAAUUAUCAUAGUCAUCAAAUUAGGUUCUCCACAGUUGUUUUGACAAAGUGGCUUUCGAAAGGGUGACGUUUAACAAUACAAAUGUUCUUGCACUGACGUCCUUCUUCCGUUUUGACCUGAUAUCUUUUGCAACUAGAUGUCGCGUCAGCGCGGAAUCCUCAAGAUCGUGUUUGCCAUUUUGGAUGUGGAAAGUAACCCUUUGAAAGGCCUUUUUAUUUGCUGCUUGAAUAGGUGACGUGCAUUUUAAUCCCAGAAAAAAACAAAAAUCUGACAUAUAUUGGUUGGGGUAAACACUCUUGACAUUACAGAAAUACACGUGACAGUCUUGUACUUUCUUCUAUUUUAUUUUAUGAGUAAACUUUAAGUCAUCAGAAUAAUCUAAUUGUCUGUUCAUGCCUGCAUGAUUCUAAAAAUACGACUAUAUGUAUGAGACUCAUAUGCAUAUGAAGUUAAUGCAAAUGACGCAUUAGUUGUAUGGCAGAUUGACACAUCCAAUAUGGCUGACAUAUGAAGCAACCCGCAAACGUUAAAGGCUGGGUCUGUUUAUGUUGUGUAUGUUUUUGACGAUUACAGUUGGAAGAGGCGGUUGCCCGAGUGGCAGUGAUUGGGCCUUGUUAACUUUCUCGCAGCCUAUGGCGUGUCACAAAAAGAAAACUUUAAACUCAAAUGGGAGGGAUUGAUGGCACCUCCUCGAAUAGUGUCAAGCAUUGGAUCUCUUUCGACCAAUGGCGUUGCGUGGUGGCUGAGGGGCGGAGCCAGAGGGGCGAGUUCUUUUUUAGCAUAGUGCGCACUUUCUUCACAUGAAACUCACUCAUCGGAGACUUUUCUGAACGUCAGUAUUGGAGUUUUAACACGUACCAACACGGGAACUUUGUUGCACGAUUGUUCUAUUUUUUUUAUUGGAUUAUGUCCACGUUUUUGUGAGGGUUGUACCAUGUUUAAAACAGCUCGGUUCAACAUGACCGCGGACGAUGUGUCGUCUCUAUGCGUUGAGCUUCUCAAGGAUCAAUUAUAUUUCGCCAUCCUUCAUCAGAAAAUCAAAAGCACGGCAGAACGCCACUGCUUCUGCAUAGACGAAGAGCUGGCAUAUGAGAACUUUUACGCAGACUUUGGCCCGCUCAACCUGGCCAUGUUAUAUCGCUUUUCGUGCAAGCUGACAAAGAAGCUCAAGGUAAACAGAUGGCCUCGUAUGUCUCUUAAUGUCUCCGCACAGUCCGUUACGCUCGCAAAGAAGAAGAUUGUAUUUUACACCUGUGGUGACCAGAAAAAGCAAGCCAAUGCCGCCUACCUGAUUGGCUCCUAUGCGGUAAUGUACCUUAACAUGAUGCCAGAUGAAGCAUACAGUCUCUUGGUGUCUAAGAACCGCACAUAUAUUCCAUUCAGAGAUGCCUCAUUUGGAACCUGCAUGUACAAUCUGAACAUCCUGGAUUGCCUACGUGCUGUCCACAAGGCCCUGCAUUACGGCUGGCUCGACUUCUCCGACUUUGACGUGGAGGAAUACGAGCACUAUGAGAGGGCAGAAAAUGGAGAUCUGAACUGGAUCAUUCCAGGAAAAUUCCUCGCGUUUAGCGGGCCUCAUCCCAAAAGCAAAAUCGAGAACGGCUACCCUCUGCACGCACCUGAGGCCUACAUCCCUUACUUUAGAAAACACAACGUCACUAGUGUCAUCCGGCUCAACAAAAAAAUGUAUGACGCCAAGCGCUUCACCGACUCGGGCUUUGAACAUCAUGACCUCUUUUUUGUGGACGGGAGCACGCCCACUGACGCCAUUGUCCGAAAGUUCCUCAAUAUUUGUGAGAACGCGGAGGGAGCCAUUGCCGUCCACUGCAAGGCUGGACUGGGGCGAACUGGCACUCUGAUUGGCUGUUACAUGAUGAAGCAUUACUCCAUGACAGCGGCAGAGGUCAUUGCUUGGAUUCGAAUCUGCCGCCCGGGAUCUAUCAUUGGACCUCAGCAGAACUUUGUUGAAGAGAAGCAGAAUAGUCUAUGGGCGGAGGGAGAUGUUUUCCGAGAGAAGGUAAACGAAAAAAAGAAUGGCAAACUGGCCGUAACCAGAAUCCUCUCUGGAGUCGAUGACAUAACCAUUAACGGAAGCAACAAGAACAGGACAUCCAAGAAAGGAGAAAUGGAAUUGUACAGUGACGACGAGGACCGGAACGGCUUGACGCAGGGUGACAAACUGCGAGCACUGAAGAGCAAGAGGCAGGCCAGAUCCUCAAGCUCAUUAUCGCAAGAAGAGAAUAAGAUUCACACAAGGUCAGCAUCACAGUCUCUCAACAGGGCCAUCCUUCAGACCAGCGCACAGAGCUGUAAGACUGGCGCCAACUCGGUGGCUCUGUCAGACCACUCAGACACCAGUAAGAGGACCAGAACCUCACUGCCCGACAGUGGACUAGCAUGCAGCCCACUGAUCGGCUCCCUAGACAACUUGCAUGUAGUGGCCAACGACAGGGAACUGGUGUUUUGCGAGCCAUGUGGCGCCCACAGAGAGCCAGCGCGUGCACUCCAGUCAACUUAAACAUGGCACACUUGCAGUCACUCCAUACCUAAAGCACGAGCUCCUUUACUCCGGUGAGCCUGUGGAUGUGGAAACCCUGAAGACUGACUUUUUUUUGGGACAUUUUUACAACCAGCUUCAAGUGGUAUGAUUCUUCCUAAAAUGACAUGGUAUUUAAGUGUUUAAAACUUUUAUAUUCAACACAUGGUCCUAGACAUUUUUAACUGUUAAUCCUCAGUGGCAGGCUGAAAGUCAGAUCAUCUUAAUCAUUUAGUUAAAGGGACAGUGUCAAGAAUGUUUACAAUUUUCAAUGUUCCAUUACAAAUGCUACCCAUUUCGA